UAACAGUAAUUCGUUAUCAUGAUGUAUUGGCACAUGUUGAAGUAAUAUUAUUAAACCCAAUAUGCGAAAAUGUCCGACACGCGUAAAAACGAAGAUAAGUUGGGAGAAGUGUUAGUUAAGGUUCAAGAGGAUUUGAGACAACUCAAAUGUAGUCUUGAGACAAUUGCUGUCGGUGAGCUGGGCAAAACACUGGACAUUCAAGCCCUGGGCAACGCCAUUUGCAAGACAGAGAGCAACAUCAGGAAACAUGCUGAGGAUUAUCUGAAAACAGUGACUGAGCAGCUGCUGGUUCUUCCAAACAUUGAAGACUUACAAAAAAAGACUGUGCAGAUUCCCAAAUGGUACCACAAGUCACCAGUAGUGAUGCGUUUGCUGUGUAAUCCUGCUCACCCAAAUAACAGAGCCAUUUUGUACCAGAAAUGUGGAAUAUCACUGCCUGAUGUCCACAAGAGGAGCACAAAUGCAGCAAAACGUCACAGAAUUAUCACUGGCCCUACUGUGAGAUUUCAAGCCUUUGGACCAAAGGGUCGUCACAGCCUGGCAAUACCUGAAGAGGACACAGGGACAGACACGGGGACAGACACGAGGACAGACACAGGGACAGGUGUGAUAGGCUUGAAGUCCAGGUGUCAUAAGCAGUUGAAAUGGAAAACAGAACCUGGAUCCACCUGCAAAAAAACAGGCACCAAAUGCACACCACUCUGGACCACCAAGACACCGCCUCCCUCCACAACCUCCAAGAGCAUGGACCACGGGAGUUUGAUGCAAGGCACCAACGAUUUUAUCCCUAAAAGGCCUCAGAACCUACCUGUGCCAGUUCCUGUAAACACCAGUAAAUAUGCCUUUACCAUCACAAAGGGAAGGAUCAACCCAUUGGCAGCUGAUUUCUGUCACUUUAAGCAGAGCUUUAGCUUGUGCUGGAGCAGUGUGGUAUAUGCUCUGGAGGCCCUAGAAAAGCUGCUCAGGGAUUUUGCGGUGCCUCUAGCCAAAGUGAGUGGGGAACGGCUAGUGGAGUUUGCUCAUGGAUGGGAAAAUGGUUGGAGAAAGGCACUUCCAGUGAUCGACCUCCUCUCAGUGCUUGAAAACUGGGAGGAGGUACAGGGUCUGGUCUUACGCCCAGGUCAGCGCUACAAGGGAGAAGGAGGCAUUGAGGCGGCUGCCAUCCACAUCCAGUCCUGCUGGAGGCGCUAUGUAGCCCGGACAGCCUACCUGCGCCACUGCCGGCGCAAGUGGGCGGCAGGGACCAUCACCAUAUCAUGGUUGAUGCACACUCAGAUGCGUCGUGUCAGGAAGGCCCUGCAGGCCCGGCGGUUUAGACAGCUGGAGAAUUACCGCAGCAGAGCCCAGCAUCUGGCAGCCAACUGGAAACACAUCCAGUCCUCCAAGAGGACCAUUAUCCACAUCCCUUCAUUAGGAUACUCUGAGAGCCAGCGACUGAACUUGAGGGGAUUCGAUAUCUUACAGAACAUCCAAAUAAACAGGCUGUGUGAUAUUAGAGAUGAAAAUGUGGAAGUGAUUUACAUAUGCUCCCAGCAUCUGGGGGAGGGAAUCUUGCACUAUUACACCAGCCUCCUGAAGUGUGAUGGAGCCACAGACGGGGCUGAGACUGGAACUACUGAGGUCUCAUCCUGUGUCAGACGCUUUGUCAUCCUUGUACCUGAGGCUGUACAUCAUUUCGCGACUCGUAGCAUGUGCCUGUCUACCCUCCUAAAGUACAGUCCACACACCCUGAAGCGCAUCAGGAACCUGAUCCAGGGGAAGCAAGCCUAUAUUGUGGGUGGAGUGGCCCAUGUGGAUGACCUGGCAGUAGCUGAUGAGCUGGGAGUGCCAAUCCUAGGGCCAGAACCUGCUAUUGCACAGCUCUACAGCACCAAGUCUGGAGGACGGAGGAUCUUCACUGGGGCAGAAGUUGACGUACCCCCUGGUCAAGGAGACAUCUACUCACUAAAUCAGCUUCAUGAAACACUGGCUGAGCUUAUGACCCAAAACUUUGACGUACAGCGCUGGUUCUUCAAGGUAGACUCUGAACACAGUGGCCGUGGUACAGCAUACUGUGAUGUAUGCCAUCUUAGCUGCUAUAACUGGGCCCUGCAGGAAUACCAUCGUUGUGGUCCUGAGCUAUGGAAAACAAAAUGGAUUCAGGAAUCUGUACAGCUCAGAUAUUUAGAUGAAAUCCCAGAGUGGCUGGCCCGUUACGCCCGGCCUGCUAAAACCUCCUGCUAUCCCAACUGGGCCUGCUUCCUGAAGACCUUCCUCAGGCAAGGUGGAGUGGUGGAGGCCUACCCCCCUUCAGACAGUGUCACCUGUCUGACAAUAGAUCUGCUGCUGGAGCCUGGGGGUGAGGUGACCAUGCUGUCCUGUGGAGACCAGCUUCACAGCUCCUGUCAGCUGGAAGCUGUAGGCUCCACUGUUCCUCAGACCUCUGUACACCCAGAGACCUUGCACUCCAUCGGCAUGCGAGUGGGCCAGGCCUGUCUGCAGCGCCUGAUCGUAGGUUAUGUCUCUGUGGACCUGGCUACCUUUUUGAACCACAACACCAUGGAGCAGAAGGUGUGGGCUAUUGAUCUGGACCUCACAUACAGUGACCAGCUGGCCAUGACCCAGAUGCUUCUGAUGAUGACUAAAGGAACGCUGAAUUGCCGCACAGGCUGUUUAGAAGUGCCAAUGCCAAGCAGAGAAAAAUGCUGUGAACACCAGACUGCAGCCAAACCUCCUGUGGUUAAUCGUUAUGCAGUUAUUGGGAGCCGCUUGUUUCACUCUAACCUUUCCAUGUUGUACCAUAAUGUGUUCUUUAAGAUGUGCAAGGCUCAUGGCAUAAGAUUUAACAUGAAGAGGAAGCAGGGCACCACCUUUGCUCUUUACGACAACAGUGAGCGAUGCAACAUUGGAAUGAUAACAGUCUCUGAGGAUCUCCAGGGAGCUCUGGUGACCUUUGCUCGGAAUCUGUCAGUCAUUCAUCAGGAAAUAUCAUCCUCUAAAAUGCAAGGAGAAACCAAUUUCAAGGAGCUGAUCAAGGACAUAGACGAUGUACUGCAGAUGACUGUUCAGAACAAGCUGCGAGCGGUGAAGGAUAAACCUGCUGCUUAGACAGCUGCUUCACCGAUAAGCUUGCCUUGUUCUUGCCAAGUUAAGUCACCGUG